GUGAGGGAGAGUGAUGGUGGGGCGGGAGCAGACGACCCGGCACCGUGUGUAAGUUGUGCUCUCAUGGAGCCUCUGUGACCACCUCUCUCCACCACACACACGCCCUCAACAACCCCACCACCACCAUGGCUCACCGGCUCCUGACGGCGGCCAGGAGGCUGGAGCGGCUGCUGCAGCACGGCCUCAGGACUGGCUCUCUGGACCCGCUGGUGGUAGGACAGCAUCUGGCUCGAAUAGAGCUACCAUGUAGCAUGACACUUCUUCAGCAGUGGCAGCAGUUCUGCCAGAAACCACCUCGGGGUUUUGAAAAAUAUUUCCGAGACGGAGCUGGUAAGCAAGCGCAGCCAAAAAAUGCUAAGCCAGCUUCUAAGGGUGAUGCACCAGCAGAACCUUCACAAACUACAAAUAAGCCUUCAAGUUCAAAGGAUCCAUUUAACAUCAACUUGUUUAGUCCAGGCACUAAGUCUGGGGGUGGCGGAAGAGGAGGAAGUGGUAAACCAAUAGGGGACAGUGGUGAUCGAGACCGGUGGAUGGCUUUGGCUGCCAUUGCUGCCAUGGGCUUCCUUGGGGUGGCAGCAUACUACCAGCUGGGCUAUCGAGAGAUAACGUGGAAAGAGUUUGCAAAAAAUUACCUGGCCAAGGGCAUCGUUGAGAAGCUGGAGGUCAUCAACAAGAAAUGGGUUCGGGUGAAACUGAUGCCGGGUAACCAGGUUGAAGGGGCUACGACACUGUGGUUCAGUAUAGGUUCCGUUGAUGCCUUUGAGCGUAAUGUUGAGACAGCACAGAUAGAGUCCGGCAUUGAACCAAGCAACUUUAUCCCAGUUGUAUAUAAGAAUGAAGUGGAGGCAUCUACCUUUACAUCCUUCUUACCAACGCUACUAAUAAUAGGCUUUUUGAUCUUCAUGAUGAGGAGAUCCGCACAGAUGAUGGGAGGGUCGGGUGGACGAAGGGGCGGAGGCCUUUUUGGCGGGGUUAUGGAAUCUACUGCCAAGAUGGUCAACCCUGCUGAUAUUGGUGUUAAGUUCCAAGAUGUUGCAGGGUGUGAGGAGGCUAAAGUGGAAAUUAUGGAGUUUGUCAAUUUUCUGAAGAACCCCCAACAAUACACCGAGCUUGGUGCCAAGAUCCCCAAGGGUGCUAUUCUUACAGGACCCCCAGGAACAGGCAAGACACUUCUGGCUAAGGCAACUGCUGGUGAGGCCAAUGUACCUUUCAUUUAUGUCUCGGGUUCUGAAUUCCUCGAGAUGUUCGUUGGUGUUGGUCCUUCGCGUGUGAGGGACAUGUUUGCAAUGGCUCGUAAGAAUGCUCCAUGUAUUCUCUUCAUGGAUGAAAUUGAUGCUGUUGGCCGAAAGCGAGGUGGACGAAGCUUUGGUGGCCACUCAGAGCAGGAGAACACACUGAACCAGUUACUAGUAGAAAUGGAUGGUUUCAACACCACCUCGAAUGUAGUGGUAUUAGCAGCCACCAACAGAGUCGACAUUCUGGACAAGGCACUGCUUAGACCAGGACGAUUUGACCGGCAGAUCUUUGUACCACCACCUGACAUCAAAGGUCGAGCUUCUAUUUUCAAAGUACACUUGUUCCCCCUCAAGACACAGUUAAACAAAGAUGAAUUAUCCAGGAAGAUGGCAGCACUUACCCCAGGAUUUACUGGAGCAGACAUAAGCAAUGUGUGCAAUGAAGCAGCCUUGAUAGCUGCCCGUGAUGCAGAAGAGUCUAUCAUACAAAAACAUUUUGAAGCAGCCAUUGAGCGUGUAGUAGCUGGCAUGGAGAAGAAAACGAAUGUAUUGCAGCCAGCAGAAAAGAAAACUGUGGCCUUCCACGAAGCUGGCCAUGCUGUCUGUGGGUGGUUUUUGGAACAUGCAGAUCCACUCCUUAAGGUUUCUAUCAUCCCGCGUGGCAAAGGUCUCGGCUAUGCUCAAUAUUUACCAAAAGAGCAGUUCCUCUUCACCCAAGAACAACUCUUUGAUCGCAUGUGUGUAAUGCUCGGUGGCAGAGUAUCUGAGAGCAUCUUCUUUGGUGCAGUAACAACUGGUGCACAGGAUGAUCUUCAGAAAGUCACGAAAUCAGCAUAUGCUCAGAUUGUCCAGUAUGGUAUGAAUGAACGUAUUGGUCAGCGCGUCUACCAGCUUCCAGAACCCGGGGAAAUGGUCAUGGAGAAGCCAUAUAGUGAAGCUACUGCACAGGCUAUAGAUGAAGAAGUUAAGCUUCUCAUUGAUGCUGCUUAUAAAAGAACAAUGGAUCUUCUCAACGAGAAAAAAGAAUGCAUCCAGAAGAUUGCGGAGAGACUUUUGGAACGGGAAAUUUUGAGCCGUGAUGACCUGAUCGAGCUACUUGGCCCUCGACCAUUCAAAGAAAAAUCAACUUACGAAGAAUUUGUGGAAGGCACUGGCAGUUUUGAGGAAGAUACCACUUUGCCUGAAGGGCUUAAGGAAUGGAACAGAAGUAAAGAGGAUAUUGAGAGAGAGAAGAAAAGUAGUUAAUUAAAGGACUGCUUUAAGAAAUACUUUAAUGUUAAAAGGUGAAGCAACCAUAAAGAACUUAAUAGCUUUGCUAUAGUGUGUUGGGGUUGUGGUAGAACAACUGACUUGGGUUUAACACAGGGUCUGUGUAAUCUCAUCUUGCUUUUGAAUUGUACCGGUACAAUGGGGGUGGGGCUCUUGUGUCUGAUUCAAGUUGGUUAAAAAUUUAAAAGUUUUUAAGUUGUAUAAAUUAUUUAAAUAAGAUACUGGUAAUUUUUCAAAUGUUGAGGGAUUGCUAUAUGUGAUAUACAGUAUAACAAUUGUAGUGGAAUGAAAGAUAUGUCAAUACUUGUUAUAAUAUCCUUGCAAGUGAUGUACUUUUGAAAGCUAGGAAUGUACCACCUAAUAAUGUACAUGCAAGGGAAGUUCAAAAGUAGAAAUUUUGAUAUUUAUUCAAGACAUUCAGAAGUUGAAAGUUCUUCAGAUAAUGGAUUAGCAAGAGCGUAGCUUGACUUAAUCCUCCAAAUGUCUGCUUCAUCACAAAUUAUAUACAGUACUGUCAUUACUGAAGAUCACAAAUGUAUAAAUUUUAAAGCCUUAAGCUAAGAGCUUUUAUAUUUUCUAUUGCAACAGGUUUGUAAAUAUGUACUAAAUGUCAUUUCUUUUCCUUUACAGUACUCAUCAAAAGUAUGCAGCAUAGUGCACAAGUUGCCAUGUACUUACGGCAGCUACAUGGCUCUGCAACAACCCAGCGGCCCCAGGCUGUCGUGAUCAGUGGUCCGAUGCAUCUUGCUCUUUGACUGUGGCAUAUUUUUGCACAGUGGUCCUUGUGGUAUUAUGUUAUUAUGGCACCUACUAAGGAACUAAGCAAAGAAACUAUUGCUUUAAAGGAGGCAGGCCACCAAACUAAGGAAAGAAAUGAGUCGGUGGGUAUUGUGAAAUCGACAAUGAAGUACUGUGUACAUUUGAGAGGCAAAUAGAAGUGAGAUACCACACCACACAAACCUUGGGUUGGUCAUCCCAGGAUGACUUCAAGGUCUCUGAAAUGCCCUAAAACAUUCAUUGAAGAUUGAGGGUUUUAGAAUGUUCAGACCUUGAAAUUUUCACGAGGCCAGACCAACUGGCUUGGUUCAAGCCCUUAAGACCAAGUUUUUGUGAUGGUCUCUCUCACAACUCUAUUUGCCUCUCUGAAAUGCACACAUGCUUCCUCAUUGUUGACUUUGACUCACACUAAUUAAAUUAUUUCCUUAGUUUGAUGGCCUGCCUCCUUUAAAGCAAUGGUUUCUUUACUUAGUUCCUUGGUAGGUGCCAUAAUAACAACACCACUAGGACCACUAAGUGCAAAAACAUGCCACAGUCAAAGAGCAAGAUGCAGCUGAUCACAGUGACAGCCUAGGGCCUACUGGGCUUAAGCCCUAGUGUCAUGUAGCUGCCAUGUCGUUCUAUAUAUAUAAAAAAAAUCUUAAUGGCAUAAGUAUGCAGUGCCUCAUGCAGUGCACAUUUUUGUAGAGUACUGUAAGUCCAAUGUGAUUGAAUGUACAGAGGCGUCUUUAUAUUAUUAAAAUAGAUAACUUCA